ACCAAAAUCCUCUGAUAUUUUUUCAUAAUGAGUAAUUGGACGAACGUGUCCAGCUGCCCAUUCAGCAUCACUUUAUGCGAUGAAGACAUCACGGAAAGUAACGCAACUGGCGUGGAGUACCCGGUCCAUCUAUUCCCAGUCCCAAUCCUGACUGGCAUCACAGUGACGUGUGCUUUCCUUUUCCUGGUUGGAAUCACUGGGAACCUGUUGACCAUCCUGGUGGUCAGCAAAUACAAAGACAUGCGAACAACCACCAAUCUUUACCUCUGCAGCAUGGCACUUUCAGAUCUGCUGAUUUUCUUGUGCAUGCCACUGGACCUUUACCGGGUCUGGCGGUACCGACCCUGGAACUUUGGAGAUGAGCUGUGCAAGCUCUUUCAGUUUGUUAGUGAAAGUUGCACGUACUCCACCAUCCUCAACAUUACCGCACUGAGCGUGGAAAGAUACUUCGCGAUUUGUUUCCCGUUCAGGGCAAAAGUCAUCGUCACCCGGGGUCGAGUUAAAGGGGUGAUUGUGUUUCUCUGGACCGUGGCUCUCUGCAGCGCCGGACCCAUAUUCAUUCUGGUCGGGGUCGAGCACGAGAACGGUACCAAUCCCUGGGAGACCAAUGAAUGUAAGGCGACCGAAUACGCCAUCCGGUCGGGAUUGCUUACUAUGAUGGUUUGGGUCUCCAGUGUGUUUUUCUUUCUCCCGGUCCUGUGUUUGACAGUGCUGUACAGCCUCAUCGGAAGAAGAUUGUGGAGAAGGAAGGAGAACCCGGUUGGACCCGUUUCUAGCCGGGACAAGAACAAUAAACAAACAGUCAAAAUGCUGGCUGUAGUGGUUCUUGCCUUUGUCCUCUGCUGGUUGCCCUUCCACGUGGGUCGGUAUCUGUUCUCCAAGUCAUCCGAAGCCAAUUCCCCUUUAAUCUCCCAAAUCAGUGAAUAUUGCAACCUGGUGUCCUUUGUGCUGUUUUACCUGAGCGCCGCGAUCAACCCCAUCCUCUACAACAUCAUGUCCAAAAAGUACAGGAGCGCGGCGUGCAAACUGUUCGGAAUGAGGCGCGCUGCCGGACGCUCGGUGCAGAACAUCGUGAACGCGGAGAGUUUCUCAGUGUGGAAUGAACCCAGUUGGAGCACGUGACACAGGGAACGAAUCUGUCAAUCAUCUCAUACAUUUUUGGAUAAAGUGACUGAGCACUUCUACAACCCUUCAUGAGAACCAUAAAGAUACAACAAACUAUAAAAUGUAUAUUUUGGCUCAAAUUGAGAAUAUGCAUUUGAUUUCAUGCACCUACACUCUUAAAAAAUACAGGUACUCGAUGCUAUAAAAUCAUUUUUGUAACCUAGAGAACGUUUUUAGUACCUUUAUAUAAACUAAGUAAAAAAAUAUUUAGCCACUAACACUCUCAGAAAAAAGGUACACAUGUUGUCACUGGGACGGUACCUUUUAUAAAGGUGCUAAUGUACCAUUUUGGUACAGACAUGUAUUUCUGAGGCAUGUACCUUUUAGGGACCUAUACCUUUGAGGUACAAAAGUGUACUUUUUAAAAAGGUACCACCCCAGUGCCAACUUUUGUACCGGUUUGUAUCUUUAUUUCUGAGUAGAACAUUUUAUCUAAUAGAAAGGU